AUGGGAAGGGAAAGCAGUUGCAGCAGGCUCACAUGUGACGCCUCCCGGGCCUCUCUUCAGGACCCCAGUGAGGAUGAGCCCAACAUCCGAGUCCUCCUGGAGCACCGUUUCUACAAGGAGAAGAGCAAGAGUGUCAAGCAAACUUGUGACAAGUGUAACACCAUUAUCUGGGGGCUCAUUCAGACCUGGUAUACGUGCACAGGCUGCUAUUACCGAUGUCACAGCAAGUGCUUGAACCUCAUCUCCAAGCCCUGUGUGCGCUCCAAAGUCAGCCACCAAGCCGAAUAUGAGCUGAACAUCUGCCCUGAGACAGGGCUGGACAGCCAAGAUUACCGUUGCGCCGAGUGCCGGGCGCCCAUCUCUCUGCGGGGCGUGCCCAGCGAGGCCCGGCAGUGUGACUACACCGGCCAGUAUUACUGCAGCCAUUGCCACUGGAAUGACCUGGCCGUCAUCCCCGCGCGAGUCGUGCACAACUGGGACUUCGAGCCGCGCAAGGUGUCCCGCUGCAGCAUGCGUUACCUGGCGCUGAUGGUGUCUCGGCCGGUUCUCAGGCUGCGGGAGAUCAACCCUCUGCUGUUCAACUAUGUGGAGGGGCUGGUGGAGAUCCGGAAGCUGCGCCAGGACAUCCUGCUCAUGAAGCCGUACUUCAUUACUUGCAAGGAGGCCAUGGAAGCUCGUCUCCUCCUGCAGCUCCAGGACCGGCAGCAUUUUGUGGAGAACGAUGAGAUGUACUCCGUGCAGGACCUGCUGGACGCGCACACAGGCCGCCUCGGCUGCUCACUCACGGAGACUCACACGCUCUUCGCCAAGCACAUCAAGCUGGACUGUGAGCGGUGUCAGGCCAAGGGCUUCGUGUGUGAGCUCUGCAGAGAGGGUGACGUACUCUUCCCCUUCGACAGCCACACGUCCGUGUGCACCGACUGCUGUGCUGUCUUCCACAGGGACUGCUACUAUGACAACUCCACCACGUGUCCCAAAUGUGCUCGGCUCACCUUGCGGAAGCAGUCACUCUUCCAGGAGCCUGGUCCAGACGUGGAUGCCUAGAGCAACAGGAACCCCUCCCAGGCCUCUCUGGCAUCCAAACUGCUGGUCAUUGCCAAAGUCAAGGUGUUUCUUGUGUUCUGGAGACCCCUAGGGUGCAGUCCCUGGACCUCUCACCUGUGCUGGGCCAGAGGGUUGUAAGCAGCACCAUGAGGACCGUCGUCCCUCUCCCAGGCACUUGCUGGGACUUGGGGCAGUCUCGCCUGGCUCUUUCCUGGGUGUGUUGCUGUGGAGGCUGCAGGGCUCCAUAAGCAGGGAAGUGGGGAAAGGCUUCUCCCCACCCCCUGUGGCAAAGAGCCUUGGGGAGGCACUUGGGGCCAAGGCCGCUGGGCUUUGGCCACCCUGAGAACCCCCAGAGGGCUUUGGGGGAGUGGCCGACGAGCCUUGGGAAUGCUGGCUGCAGACACCCAGGCUGGGCCUGAGUUUUCUCUGCAAUGGAUGGUUUGGAUCUACCUGGAGGACCCCAUCCCCUUGGCCCCUUGUGUGGGGACUUGUAGUUGUUCACGACUGUCUCCUGAGGGCCCUGCUCCUGCCUCUCAAAGUUCUCUCUGGGUUCUCCUCCAACAGGGCCAGUCCUGGAGGUUCCCACUUCUGUACAACAUGGAGGGAAGGGGGCUGUGAAGCUCUUCCCGGUGGACCAGCCCCUGCUCUGGCCUUUG